AUGGUAUCUGUAAACAUUGCCCUGGCUCAGCUCAGAGUCUCCGAUUCCAAGACGUCAAACUUCAAGCGUGCCCGCGAAAUGGUCCUUGAGGCUAGCCACAGGGGAGCCCAGAUCGUGGUGCUCCCUGAGAGCUUCUAUACGCCCAUGGGCUCCAGCGACUGCGCAGCCUACGCCGAGCUCAUCGACGGCAAGCAGCUGGGCGAAGCCGCACAGGCCCUGUCGGACAUGGCCAAGGCAGCCAAGGUGUUUCUGGUGGGCGGGAGCAUCUACGAAAAGAGCGCCCAGGGCCCGGCCAUCUUCAACACGUGCACGGUGUGGAACCCCGAAGGCGAGCUGAUCCUGAAGCACCGCAAGGUCCACCCGUACGCGCAAUACCACGACGGCCACUUGACCGGCGAAGUCGACGCAAUCACCGCAGGCAGAGAUAUCAGCGAGUUUGCAACGCCCUGGGGCAAGUUCGGCGUAGCCGUCUGCAAUGACGUGCGGUAUGCGGAAAUGGCCAUGGUGUCGGCCCGCAAUGGCUGCGUAGGCAUGAUCUAUGCCGCUGCGCAUCCGGCCGGCCGGUGGGCGGCGCACUGGGAGAUUCUGCUGCGCGCGCGGGCCCUGGACAACCUGGUUUUUGUCGCUGGCUGCAAUCCGGCCAAGGAUACUAACGCUGGGUUUGUGCCGUGCGGACAGUCGAUGGUGGUGAGUCCGGUGGCCGAGACCGUGGCUGCGGCUGGUGAUGGCGAGGAGCUGGUGAUUGCUGAGAUGGACCUGGACCUGAUCCAGGCGGCCAGGAACGAAUUCCCGCUGUACCGCCAGCGCCGCUUCGACGUCUACAGGGAUGUUACUGCGGCCAACUAG